AUGCUGAGCCGACUAAUGAGCGGCAGUGUUCGGAGUCUGGACAGAGAAUUUAAUUGUACAGUCAGGCUGUUGGACGAUACAGAAUUCACCUGCACUGUUCAGAGGGACAGUAAAGGUCAGUGCCUGUUUGACCAGGUGUGCCAUCAUCUCAACCUCCUGGAGAGAGACUACUUUGGCAUCAGAUAUGUGGACCCAGACAAACAGAGGCACUGGCUGGAGUUUACUAAACCUAUUUUCAAGCAAAUGAAAUCUCAGCCACCGUUCACCAUGUGUUUGCGCGUGAAAUUCUACCCUCCUGAUCCUGCUGCUCUGAAGGAGGAGAUCACCAGAUAUCUGGUCUUCCUGCAGAUUAAAAGGGAUCUGUACCAUGGCCGAUUACUGUGCAAAACAUCAGAUGCUGCCAUGCUGGCUGCGUAUAUUCUGCAGGCGGAGAUUGGAGACUAUGACCCGGGAAAGCAUCCAGAAGGCUAUAGCUCUAAGUUUCAGUUUUUUCCCAAACACUCAGAGCGCCUGGAACGUCGCAUUGCUGAGAUCCACAAGAGUGAACUUGUAGGGCAGAGUCCUGAGACUGCAGAGUUGAAUUUCCUGGAGAGAGCUCAAGCUUUAGAGACCUAUGGGGUAGAUCCACAUCCAUGCAAGGAUGUAUCUGGAAAUACAGCGUUUCUAGCUUUUACGCCGUUUGGCUUUGUGGUGCUGCAGGGUAACAGGAGGAUCCACUUCCUGAAAUGGAAUGAAGUGUCCAAAAUGAAGUUUGAAGGAAAGACAUUCCACAUAUAUGCCAGUCAGCAAGAAGAUCAAAAGAUCAUUCUUACAUACUUCGCUCCAACGCCUGAGGCCUGCAAGCACCUGUGGAAAUGUGGGGUGGAGAAUCAGGCCUUUUACAACUUGGAGAAAUCGAGUCAGGCACGAACUGUCUCCAGCAGCAACCUGUUCUUCAAAGGAAGCCGCUUCAGGUACAGUGGAAAGGUGGCUAAAGAGGUUAUGGAGCAAAGUGCCAAAAUCAGACGUGAACCUCCAGAGAUACACAGGACUGGGAUGGUCCCUAGCAGGAGCUGUCCCUCUAUCACACAUGGCCCCAGACAGAGUAGUGUUCCUCGAACCCGCAGGAGAGCUGUCCACAUAUCCAUUAUGGAAGGUUUGGAGUCUCUCCGUGACAGUGGACACUCCACUCCGGUGAGUUCUGGGUCCCAUGGUGACUCGCUCCGCGGUUCUCAUGGUAACACAGCAGAGGGCAGUAAUGGGGUGGCAGUGAUUUCAGAGGAAUCAUACAGUCCUUCUGACAGCGUCCUACCCACGCCCGUGUCUUCCGCCUGCUCGCUCCAUCACGCCCUGAGCCGAUCCUCCAACGAGUCCGGUGGCACCCAGGACGACAGGGGGCCCAAGUCGGGCACCGAGGAGGGUGGGCAGCGUGGGCAGCGUACUGACAUUAAACCCAAUAGGAGAGCCCCACGUCUGGAUAAGACCCAGGCAGACGUGGAACGGGUGACUGAGUUUAUCUUCAGUGUGGUGCGGCUGUUCUUUGUUUCCAUUACUCUACUCUUCGCCCUCCUUCUCCUCCUUAUCGCACUGACAGAGUCCGACCUGGAUGUGGCGUUUUUGAGGGACAUCCGUCGCACCCCUGAGUUCCAGCAGUUCCACUAUGAGUAUUUCUGCCCUCUGAGGCGCUGGCUCGCCUGCAAACUCCGCUGGAUGGGGGGACACCUCAUUAAUAAGUAA